UGGAAUGCGUCGCCAUGGUAACUGAGGCUGCAGCUUCGGGAACUUCUCCAUCAGCUGUUUUGUCCUCUCUGUCACUUUUUCAAUGUUUUUCUGUCGGUUCUGGAGCGCGAGCGCUUCCUCUCUUUUCCCGCGUGCUGAAGCGUCAUCAAAUGACCGGGGGCGUGGCUUUGGACGGACGGGGUUUUCGGACCAAAAUCCGGCAGCGACCGAUCCAGAUCCCGCGCGUCAUCUGGACAGCCGUAACGGCGCCCGCGGAGUUCCCGGUUCCGGUCCAGUUCUGAGCGCUGCAGUGCAGAGGAUGAGGUGACCCCAGACAGACAUGACCGACCCGGUGAGCGCGGCUGCAGCCGUCUUCCAGCUGUGGCUGCUGAUCGUUGUGUUCUUCAUCGUGCUGCCCGCCAUGUUCGGCAUCUCUCUGGGCGUCAGCGGCGUCUACAUCCAGGUCCUGGUCAGGAUCCUGCAGUGGGCGACCGUGCGAAUCCAGAGGGGACGUCAGGAGCAGCCUGGCGGCGCCACCCCGUCUGCAGGGAUCAUAGAGCACACAGGGGGGUCCAUGGAGGAGGAGAUGGAGCAGCUGCGGCUCUCGCGGCGACCCGAGGCGGGCGAGUUUUCCCUGAGCGACGCUAUUUACUUUUGUCAGAAGGGUUUGGAGAGCAUCGUGGAGGACCAGGUGACCCAACGUUUCUCCUCCGAGGAGCUGGCCUCCUGGAACCUCCUCACACGGACCAACCAGAACUUCCAGUACAUCAGCCUCCGCCUCACCAUCUUCUGGGUGCUCGGCGUCUUUGUCCGAUAUGGCGUGCUCCUCCCUCUCAGGGUGGCUCUGGCCGUCAUCGGUCUGUCGUGGUUGGUGCUGGGAACCACGGUGGUGGGGUUCCUCCCAGAGAGCAGUAUGAAGAACUGGCUGAGCGAGCUGGUCCACCUGACCUGCUACCGAAUCUGCGCCAGAGGACUGUCCGCCACCAUCCACUACCACAACAAGGAGAAUCGGCCCCAGAAAGGAGGGAUCUGCGUUGCCAAUCACACCACACCAAUAGAUGUGGUCAUUCUGGCCAACGACGGUUGCUAUGCGAUGGUGGGGCAGAUUCACAGGGGGCUGAUGGGGGUCAUCCAGAGGUCCAUGGUGAGGUCCUGCCCCCACAUUUGGUUCGAGAGGUCAGAGAUGAAGGACCGGCACGCCGUGACCAGCAGGCUCAGAGCUCACGUCUCUGCCAGGACCAAACUUCCCAUCCUCAUAUUCCCAGAAGGAACCUGCGUCAACAACACCUCUGUCUUGAUGUUCAAGAAGGGAAGCUUUGAAGUCAGAGGAACCAUCCAUCCGGUCGCCAUCAAGUACGACCCUCGCUUCGGAGACGCUUUCUGGAACAGCACUAAGUACAACAUGGUGAGCUACCUGCUGCGCAUGAUGACCAGCUGGGCCAUCGUGGUGAACGUGUGGUACCUGCCUCCUAUGACCAUACAGGCUGGGGAGGAUGCUGCUCAUUUUGCCAGUAGAGUGAAAUCUGCUAUAGCGCGUCGGGGGGGUCUGCUGGACUUGGCGUGGGAUGGAGGCCUGAAGAGAGGGAAGGUGAAGGACUGUUUCAGGGAGGAGCAGCAGAAGAUGUACAGCAGCACGGUGGUGCAGAACGGCAUCGAACCCCCGGGGUCCAGCAGGAACCCCCCAGAGGAGGAGUGAAGGCGGACCCCUCCUCACGCUUCAGGUUCCUGCAGGAACUUCUCAGCUUCUCCACUAAAUCUGAACUGACAUGCAGUAGAGCGGGCUCACCAGCAGGGGGCAGCGUCAGAUCACACAACUCCUCAGCAGUCUUCAUCAGCAGUGAGAUGAGGAAGAGCAGCAGCUGCCGCCUAUGAAGUUCACCUCAACAAAUGUAAUGAGGUUCUUGAAAGGACAGAACCUUCAGAGAUCUGAAGGUCUGACGAUGAGGAAGACUUCUGCAGAACCUCCUCCAUCUGAGGCGAUGAAGAGGUCAUCAGCUCAGGUGUAUGUUUUCCAUCACAGAUACAUUUAUGACAAUAAACCCUUCGUCACACUCGGAGGAAGAUCUUCUCUGG